CACCAAUUCUUAUAAGACUGAAAUAUCAAAUAGAACUUCUGGAUCAUAACUUGGUUGUUGCUGAAAAGCACAAGCUGAUUCUAUCAGUUUGUGUAAUAUUAGAUAUACUAGAGAGUAAGUAUGGGCAUGCUGAUAUAAUAAUAUAUUUGGGUCUAAUGUUUAUAAGAAUCUGUAGUGAUAAAUAUGAUAGUAGUACCACAUAUUCUUAUAGAAAAAAUUUCGAUGACCUUAUGAGUAAAGAGCAAUUGUGUAACUAUAUUACAACAAUAGACAAACAAUCUAAACCUGUAGUAGUACUACUAAGCGAUAGUGAUCUCAAUGAGAACUCCUGA